UGCUUCAUUAUAGGCCAACCAAAUUCAAGUUUUAAGUCAAGUUGCACAAAAGUCUUCAUAAACAAUGAUCUGAACAAUAUGAUAAAAAAAAUGCAUCUCUGUAUUCAUAUUGGUGUUUACCUAAACAUUGACCAAACAUUCCAAAGGCCACAAUAAACAAGAAGCAGAGAAGAAAAAGAACUGAGACAGACACAUGGCUUCAUCAAGAGGUGGAAGUGAGAGCAUGGAAUUGAGUGCAGAUAAAAUUGAGAAAUCAUUUGCUGCAGCCUUGAAAGUUCACAAAACACCAGAGAAACAUUACCUUUUAGAAAAGAACAACAAAACCAACCCUCCAGAAGUUAUCAUCAGCUUUCCAGCAUCAGGUGCUUUCAAAGAUUGGUAUUCCAAAACAACCUUUGGAGAAACCGAAAUAGAUCUUAGUCUAUUUCCUUCACUUAGAAGCAUUGGUAACAACGAACCUGCUUUGGUUAAUAAAUCAUUUCUCCAAAGAUUCAAAGAUAUUUUGACAAAGUCAUCACUUAGAGAUGAGGUGGUGAGAGCAAUGAAUAGGCAGAAGCAAAUAGUAUUUGCAGGACAUUCAUCUGGUGGUCCAUUGGCAAUUCUAGCAACCCUUUGGACCUUAGAAAACUACCUAACUCCAAAAUCUCAGGGUGGCAUCCCUCCCUUAUGUAUUACUUUUGGUUCUCCUUUAAUCGGUGAUCACAUAUUUUCUCAUGCUACAAGGAGAGAAAUUUGGUCUCACUACUUUUUCCAUUUUGUGAUGAGAUAUGACAUAGUGCCAAGAAUCCUCCUUGCACCUCUCUCUUCAUUUGACCAAAGAUUUGAAACAGUUUCACAGUUGAUAGAUCCUAAAUACAAAUCUUUCAUGAGCGAAUCGAGCCUUGGAAGAAUCGCUUCGAUAUCAGAUUUCUACUUUGAAGUGAUGUCAAAUGCUGCAACUGUCACAAGGCAUGCUGCCUGCAAAUUAAUGGGAACAACAGAGGCAACACUUGAAACUAUUGCAAAUUUUGUUCCUUUAAGCCUUUAUAGACCCUUUGGAACUUACAUCUUUUGCACUACAAGUGGAAAUGAAGGAAAGCAAAUUGUUAUAAAAAACCCUGAUGCAGUUCUGCAGGUUAUGUUUUUCUCUGCUCAGUUAAGCUCUGAAGCAGAAAGUGAUGAAGUUUCCUAUAAAAGCCUAAGACAACAUAUAAGUUAUGGCACUGAAUUGAUAAAAAACUUAGGAAUGCAGAAUGUUGUGGUCUUGGACCAACUACAGAAUCUUCCUUUGUCUGAUAAUACUACUCUAGAUGGCAUCAUUGGAACCAUUAACACAGCCUUAAAUGACCUUGGCCUGAGUACAAGAGCAAGACUAUGCAUUGAAGCAGCAGCAGCAUUAGAGGAACGAAAAAGGAACAACGAGAAAAUCAUAGAACAGAAAAAAGGUUUUAUGGAAGAAAAAAUGAAGGAACUGAAAAGGUACAAAGAAACAUGGGAGCAUCAGAAAAAAGGUUACUACGACGGAUUCAAGGAACAAGCAGACCCGGAAGAUUUCAAAGCAAAUGUAAAGAGACUAGAUCUGGCAGGUGUGUGGGACGAGAUAAUCGAUAAGCUUAUAAAAAACGAACUUCCAGAAGGAUUCGAAGGAAAAAAAGAAUGGAUAGAGAUUGGAACAAGGUUUAGAAGACUAGUGGAGCCUUUGGAUAUUGCUAAUUAUUAUAGACAUUCAAGGAACCGUGACGGUCGUGUUUAUAUGGAUAAAGGUGGAAGGCCAAAACGGUAUAGGUAUACGCAGAGAUGGUUGGAACAUUAUGAGAAGAGGGGUGAUGAAGGUUAUUCGGAAUCUUGUUUUUGGGCUGAGGUGGAGGAUCUUUCUUAUGAUAAUAAGAGUUUUGAAGAUGUUAAGGAAAGGGUUGUUGUGUUGGAGGAAAAGAUUAAAAAGUGGAGGGAUAGAAAUGAUGUGGGUAAGGAUGUGUUUUUGGAGGGUUCUACGUUUGUCAAGUGGUGGAAAAGUCUGCCAGAGCAACAUAGGCAACAGUCAUGCAUUCAAAAUCUUGUUCAACUGUGACACAACUCUUCGGUUCCUUUUUAACAUACGAAUCCUUUGGAUCUUGUUGCCCAAAAAGAAUUACAUCAAUUUACUUCAAAAAGCUUAGAAGAAGAAA